AUGAAGUUUCGCGAUGGCAUGUGGUUGGUCAAUGACCGCUUCACAGUCCAACAUGCGGAAGAGGUAUACACCGUCACACCCCGAGAAGACAACAAAGCGGUGACGCUCCUGUGUCCAACCAGAAAGAUUCUUUCUCGGGGCGACACGCUCAAUUUGAGCACUCUCUCUGUCGAGAUUGAGGCGCAGUUUGAUGGCGUUAUAUCACUGGAAGUAACCCAUUUCGCCGGUGCAAGACGCCUAGGUCCCGACUUUGAAGUAUUCCCAGACGGCAAGCCUGCCUCAGAAGGUCAGGUAGUGAAGAGUGAGAAGGGUACCACAGUCACCUCGGGAGGGUUGAGCGCCACUGUCAGCUCAGACGAGCAUACAUUCGACAUCAAGUUUCACGCUACAGAUGGAUCUAAAAUGCUGACUUCUCUGCUUAACCGAAGUGUUGGGCUGGCAUACUCGCCAGCUUUGAGCACGCCCAAGAUUGUCGAGGACCUGAGUGCUCAUAAACAUUAUGUCUUUACGCAAACCGAACUGAGCGUCGGCGAAACCAUUCAUGGACUUGGUGAGCGUUUUGGUGCCUGGAACAAGAUUGGUCAGAAUGUUGAGGUUUGGAACGAGGACGGCGGAACAUCAAGCGAGCAGGCCUACAAAAACAUCAGUUUCUGGCUGAGCUCACGGGGUUAUGGUGUUUUUAUUGAUACACCCGAUAAGAUUGACAUGGAGAUUGGAAGUGAGCGAUGUUCGAGGUUGCAGACUACGGUUGAGGGGCAGCGCCUAAAGUGGUACCUCAUAUACGGUCCGACACCCAAGGAAGUUUUAACCAAGUACUCCAUUCUCACGGGCAAAUCGAAUCGUGUCCCAGCAUGGUCAUAUGGCCUCUGGCUGAGCACAUCGUUCACUACAUCCUACGAUGAGAAAACUGUCCGUCACUUUGUCGAGAAGAUGUCCGAUUCCAAGAUCCCCGUCGAAGUCUUCCAUUUUGAUUGCUUCUGGCUGCGCGCUUUUCACUGGUGCGAUUUCGUCUGGGAUCCAGAGUCUUUUUCGGACCCUGCAGGCCAGAUCAAGCGCAUGAAAGAAGAUGGCCUCAUCAAUAAGGUCAGCGUUUGGACCAAUCCUUACAUCGGCCAAGCAAGCCCAGUAUUCAAGUAUGCGGCCGACAAAGGCUAUCUACUCAAGAAGACAAACGGAGAUGUAUGGCAAUGGGACCUCUGGCAGACUGGCAUGGGUAUUGUUGACUUUACAAAUCCAGAAGCAUGCGAGUGGUUCCAAUACUGGCUCGAGAGACUAUUCGAUGCGGGCGUGGACUCCAUCAAGACAGACUUCGGCGAGCGUAUACCGACGAAGAACGUCCAAUGGCACGAUAAGAGCGUGGAUCCCAACCGAAUGCACAACUACUACGCUUUCAUGUACAACAAGCUGGUCUACGAAACAGUACAGAAGCGAUAUGGAGAGCACGAGGCGAUAUUAUUUGCACGUACUGCAUGUGCGGGAUCACAACGAUUCCCACUCCACUGGGGCGGUGACUGCGAGUCUACGCCCGCCGCACUUUCAGAGUCGAUACGAGGUGGUCUGAGUCUAGGGCUCGCAUCAUUCUCGUUCUGGACAAGCGACAUUGGUGGCUUCGAAGGCAAACCGCCGCCUUGGAUCUACAAGCGCUGGGUUGCAUUCGGACUGCUCAACUCGCAUAGUCGUCUGCAUGGCUCAAGCUCGUACCGUGUACCAUGGCUAGUCGAUGAUUCGUCUCUGGAACCUGAAAACUGCACCGAAGUGUUGCGAUACUGGGUGCAGCUUAAGCGCAGCCUUAUGCCAUACCUUUUUGCGCAGGCUGAGGAGAGCAUUGCCAAUGGCUGGCCCACGAGCGUGCGAGCAAUUGCCCUGGAAUUCCCUGACGAUCCAACAUCUUGGCAUCUCGAUCGCCAGUUCAUGGUUGGCAGCCAGAUCUUGGCAUCACCGGUCUUUGAGGAAGAUGGCAGUGUGGAGUACUACCUGCCACCUGGUCGUUGGUUCAGCUUCUGGGAUGGCACAGAAGUCCAAGGGGGCCGGUGGAUAAAGGAAAAGUAUGGCUUCCUCCAGUUACCGUUGUUUGUGAGAGAAGGCACUGUGUUGGUGCUCGGGAGAACAGAGGGCGAGGGCGGGUUUGGCUACGAUUGGCUCGCUUCUGGUGGGUUGGUCAGACUAUAUGGUGUGAAGAAAGGUGACAAGGCAGUCUUGGUGGAUACCAAAGGCGUUCAGAAGGGUGUACUAGAGAUGGACGGCACGGGAGAGCUCAAGGGUAUGGAGUUUCUAAGUGGAGACUGGAAGGUGUCGGAGGUGGCAUAG